AUGCAAAUCGCGGGCUAUAAAGGGAGCGGCUCGGGGCGGCACGGCGCGGAGCGCAGCGAGCCGGGCAGCGCCAUGGCGCCGGGCGGCGACCGCCCGCCGCGGGGCGAGGGCUGUGCGGAGCCCCGCUGCGACCGGAGGACGAGGAAGCCACUGGUGGAGAAGAAGCGCCGAGCGCGCAUCAACGAGAGCCUGCGGGAGCUGCGACUGCUGCUGGCCGACAGCGAGUACCAGGCGAAGCUGGAGAACGCGGAGGUGCUGGAGCGGACGGUGCGGCGGGUGCGGGCCGUGCUGGAGCGCCGCGCCCGCGGUGAGUGCCGGCCCGGGGGGCGGCGGGCGCCCGGCCCGGCCCGCGCCUCACCCGCGCCCCUCUCUGUCCCUCGCGGCGCAGGGGGCGGGCGGCGGCUCCUCGAGGCCAGCGAGCGCUUCGCCGCCGGCUACAUCCAGUGCAUGCACGAGGUGCACACCUUCGUCUCCAGCUGCCCCGGCAUCGACGCCACCACGGCCGCCGAGCUCCUCAACCACCUGCUGGAGUCCAUGCCCCUCAGCGAGGGCGGCUGCCCGGACUCGAUCACGGACGUUUUGGGGGAGCCCGCCCUCGGCUCCUGGUCCGCCGGCGAGGCGUUGGCCCUGCGGGCCGGAGCCCGCCCGGGGCUGGCUCUGCCCUCUCCCGGAGAAGAGACCUGCUCCGAUUCGGACGAGGCGGAGGCCGAGCCGGGCCAGACCGGCACGGACGGACUGGACGCGUCCCAGACGCAGGGCCUGGCCUCGCCCGGCUCGCCCAAAUGCAUGUGGAGACCCUGGUAACAGCGGGGAGCAGGCGGCGCAGACCUGCGGGGAGGGCAGCGUGCCCCAGCACGCGCGUGUGUGCUGAGCGUGUCUGUCGGCGGGUGAGUGUCUGUCUGUCUGUCUCUCUGUGUGUGUGUGUGGCCGGCACCGCUGUGGCUGCGGACUCGGGCUCUCUGGCGCUGUCACACCCUGACAGCCUAAUAGCGAACGCGUUCCCAUUUCAUCCCUGUGUGUGUGCGUGGCUGGGUGGCAUUUUGUAACUUUAGGGGUUGUUUUUACGAGAGGACGGGGGGGGGAGGGGAAGGAGGGAAGUGGUUUGUAGUAGCAAAGCUCUCUGGUGGAGACAGAGCAGUUAUUUUAUAACCCUGUCUCUUCUUGGCCCUUAGAAGCAGCCCAAAUGCCACUACCUUUUCAGAAAAAGCCCUUGUGCAUUUUAAAUCACGACAGUUAAUUCCAGGGGAAUCUCGAGCUAAGUCUGCAUGCACGACUUUAAGCAUUGUAGUGAUAGUACGGAUCCCUGAAAGGUGCCAGUCGGGGUAGCAUCUGUACCUGGUAGUAGUCUAAAGCCUCACCUUUAGGAAAGGGAGAGAAAACUAGAAGCCUGGUGGAAUUAGACAAACACUUUAAAAGAUGAGGGUGACAGGGUGCAUUUUAGAAAUGAGUGUCUUUAUGCACAUUUUGCUUGUGAUUUUAUGUAUAUUAGGGUGUCAAAUGUUUUUUAUUUUUAAUCUUUAAUAAAAAAACCCUGAAU